GGAAUUACUCCAUCGGCACCGGGUGCGCCUCUCCAAAAGGGAAUUCAGCUCAUGGCCGGCGCCGAGCUCAAUCUCCCCCGCCACUUUUACCCCACACGGCCCGAAGACGGUAAACCCGAAGCCGCGGGGAACCUCGGCAGCUCAGACGACCUCGUCUCUACCGCAAGCUCAUAAAUCCGCGUCUAUAAUUGAGUAGCGCAAAAAGGUUGUCAUACUCGAUAACCGCAUCUCUUGCAAUUUUCUAGAUCUUCAGGCUCGGAAUAAUCACUAAUCACAGCUCGCCCAUCAUGUCGGACCGUGUUAGCCAGAUCACCAGUCACCUCAACUACCCCAAGGGUAUGUUGGCCGGUCAAGUCGCCAUCAUCACCGGUAGCGGACAGGGCAUUGGCGCCGAGGCUGCGCGGUUGUUUGCGAAUGAGGGCGCGAAGGUUGUCGUGGCGGAUAUUGACGAGAAGAAGUCCGCCGCUGUGGCUGAGGCCAUCAACAAGAGCGGCGGCCAGGCCAUUGCCGUAGCAGGCGACGUCCUCGAUUCCGAAUACAUCAAGGCGCUGGUCAAGAAGGCGGCCGACUUUGGCAACGGCAAGAUCAACAUCAUUGUCAACAACGCCGGCUACACGUGGGACGGCGUCAUCCACAAGAUGACGGACAAGCAGUGGGAGACCAUCAUCGCCCUGCACUGCACCGCGCCCUUCACGCUGGUGCGCGCCGCGGCGCCUUACUUCCGCGUCAAGGACGGCGCGCCGCGAUGCAUCAUCAACAUCUCGUCCACGUCGGGCGUCCACGGCAACGCGGGCCAGCUCAACUACGCGCUGGCCAAGGCGGGCGUCACGGGCUUCACCAAGACCAUCGCCAAGGAGUGGGGGCCCGCGUUCGGCGUGCGCUCCAACACCAUCGCCUUCGGGCACAUCCUCACGCGACUGACGGCCGCCAAAGAGAACGGCGCCUUCAUCGCGGGUCCCGCGGGCGAGAAGAUUGCCCUCGGUAUCCCCUCAGCAGCCGCGGCGGCGGCGGGAGAUGCCAUGUAUGCGGAUAUUGCGCUGCGGAGGCCUGGCACCCCGGCCGAGGCUGCGAGCAGUGUCCUGGCUGUAGCAAGCCCGCUGUUCUCUUAUGUGACGGGGCAGACUAUCAUGGUGACGGGAGGACGAAACAUGUAAGACCUGCAGGGUGGCGCUAGAUAUGUAAGAUCAAAUUCAAGACAUGGCAAUAUAAAUGGAGAAAUUGGCAUCAAGAUUGAGGAAAAGAAGGGGC